CUCAUUGGCUGAACUCGGACAGAACUCUGGAGGGACCGUAUGACAAGUAUAUGCCUUUACUUUCGGCGAAGACAGGUUCAUCUUCUAAUACCGUACUAUGGCGCUGGGUUCAGGAGUGGCUCAUUGUAGCUCUAACUAUAUGGUUCCAGUUUAUCCCGCUGGCUCCAGUAUACCGUGCCGUGUAUUAUAGAGAUAAUCCAGCCCACACGUCUGUUGCUGGAAGGAUGGACAUCUGGAUAGCUCUCCACCUCAGAGGCAUUAGCAGCGCAGCUACCUGGAAGCGGCUCUUGUGUGACUGUCCCUGACUGCAGUGUCCUCUAUGACUGGGGCAGCGGGAGUCGCUGACAGUUAUGUCACAGCACGGUGUGGGAGCGGAGCCGGACCUCUACCGGGACACGUGGGUAAGGUACCUGGGAUAUGCCAAUGAAGUUGGGGAAUCUUUCCGUGCUCUGGUACCCAAAUCUCUUGUUUGGGCAACCUAUGGUGUAGCCACAGCUUAUGUAACUGCAGAUGCAGCAGAUAAAGGACGCAAAGCAGCAAAGGCAAACACUGAUGGUCCCGGUCGGACUGCAGAUAUCACAGUAGCUGUGGUAGAUACCUUUGUUUGGCAAUCUCUUGCAUCUGUGGCCAUUCCUGGCUUUACGAUCAACCGAAUAUGUGCUGCUUCUCUUUUCUUGAUGGGACGUGUCACCCGCUGGCCUCUCCCUGUGCGCAAGUGGGCAACUACUGCAAUAGGACUGUCAACUAUUCCUUUUAUUAUAACACCAAUAGACAGAUCAGUGGACUUUUUGCUGGACUCAAGCCUUCGCAAGCUCUAUAAUACACAUGAAAAGAAGCCUGAUGAAUCGCGGCCAACUUGAUAGUUGCAAAAUAAUUGCUAUUGAAAAUUAAGAAUCAUCGAGGGGAUUUUUUUCAACAGCAAGUGUGGCACUGGACUGGACACUUUCCAGUUUCUGAACUAUGCAAUAAAGCUAGAAGCCUAUUUGAAGUGUUGUGGGGGACUGGGAGCUUUUGGACCUAGAAUAAAUGAUUUAUGUGA